AUGGCCAUCAGAGUUCAGUUCGAAAACUCCAACGAGGUUGGCGUGUUCUCCAGGCUGACAAACUCCUACGCGCUGAUCGCCAUGGGAGGAUCAGAAAACUUCUCCAGUGUCUUCGAAUCGGAGUUGUCUCAGCACAUUCCCCUCGUGUAUACCACCAUCGGAGGGACCAAAGUGAUUGGAAGAGUCUGCGUGGGAAACAGGAAGGGGUUACUCGUGUCUAGCAUAUGUACAGACCAGGAGCUCCUCCACUUAAGAAACGCUUUACCAGAAAAUGUUAAAAUAAAAAGAAUCGAGGAGCGCCUUUCAGCAUUAGGCAAUUGCAUAACUGCGAAUGAUUACGUAGGGUUAAUUCACACAGAUAUAGACAGAGAAACGGAGGAGAUAAUCCAAGACGUUCUCGACAUAGAAGUGUUUCGUACUUCUAUCGCGGGUAACUUACUCGUAGGGACAUACUCCUAUUUUACGAACAAUGGGGGACUCAUACAUGCCAUGACAUCCUCCCAAGAGAUUGAAGAACUCUCAGAACUUUUACAGAUCCCUUUAAUUACUGGCACGGUUAACAGAGGCAGUGACCUCAUCGGGGCUGGCCUGGUCGCGAACGACUGGUCUGCCUUCUGUGGCAUGGACACCACUGCCAUCGAGCUGAGCUUAAUUGAGAAGGUCUUCAAACUCAACAGCAUCGAGGACGCCAACAUUGAGGACAAUUUUAAGUACAAGUCUUCCAUCAUUCAGACCAUGAUUUAG